AUACAAGAGAAGACUAUGAAGACGCCGGACAAAACUCUUGAUUUGAUAAAUGCGGAUAAUGAAAUCAUAAACUCAAAAGGUGAAUCGAACGAAACAUAUCUUCACUUCAUAUCUGAAGAGUACUCUGGUGACGAAGACGCACCUGCUUUGAUACCAGUCAUAUUUCAAUUAAGCAACGCUGGAAUGGACGUGAACGCGACGGAUACGUCAGGAAAUACCGCUCUCCAUGUAGCUGCACAACGAGAUAAAACCAGAAAAUUGAUACGUGCUCUCCUCAUGGUUGGCGUUGACCCGCUAAUUAAAAAUUCAGAAAAGAAAACUCCAUUAAAACUUGCGAAACCAUUCCCGGAAAAUUUAAAGAUUUUGAAUUUCAUGUCACCAGGGUUAUGGAACGCCGUGGAAAGAAAUUCUGAAGAAAGGGUUAAGACGCUGACAUCUAACUGGUGUAAAGUAAAUGAGAAGAGAAAUCAAAUAACUAUGUUAGCACUUGCUGAAAAGAUUGGAAACGUCGAGAUAAGGAAGAUGCUCGCGAAAAUAGAAAAUACAAAUGCUUUUGUUCAUUAUGCUCUCGCUGGUGACAGGAAGAAAAUGAGACCUUUUUUCAAAAUACGCAAUGUUUCCGUAGACACGUUUUCUUCUUCUUACAUUGAUGAAGUUUCCGGGGAUUAUGUAAGUUUGCCGCUCGUCGGAGAAGUCGCACUUCUUGGAUUAACUAACGUCGUCAGAAAGCUCUUGCGAAAGAAAGCUUCUCUUAUUUUCUCUGUGUUGAAAACGCCGAUGUACUUGUAUGUAAUGCAACAUAUCAAGCCGAUUGAAGAAUUCUAUGAAAUGCUUGAAAUACUACUGGAUAAAGUGGACUUUAUACGAAAUAAAAGUGACACAAAUACAGUCCUCGAUGUUGCAUAUGACAAGAACCUACCUAUCAGCGUUCUUCGGACGAUGACGACGAAAGGCCUUGACCUUUUUCUUGCAGACGAUGACGGUCAUUUUCUGCGGGACAGAAUACUCCUGAAAAAUGCAACAGAAACUUCGAAAACUAUCGAGAAAGAAAUUGCUUAUGUUGAUAAAAUCGUCAUUGACAUGGCUAGCAACGGGUGUAUUGGUUUGCUACAAGGGCUAGUAGAAAGAAGUUACGAGUAUAUCGAUGUGGCUGUAGACGAAGUGGGCUCGGUGAAAAUCGGGCUAGCAAAAUCCCUGGGGGAUGCGAAAGCAGAAAAAUUUCUAAAGGAGGCAAAUGAUGUACAGAAAUGUUUCAGGCAGAUAUGUCACGUGAUUAUGAUAGGACAUUUAGCACAGGUGCAGAGUUUAUUGAAAGGGAACGUGAUAAAAGUCACCGACAGAAUGGGUCGUUCGUUAGUACAUCGUUCUGUUCUGUUUGAACGUCGCCACGUGCUUCGUUAUCUUCUAAAAGUCAAAGCGAGUCUGGCCAAUAGUUUGGACAACGCUGGAAGAUCACCCUUAUUUAUGGCCUGUGCCCUUGAAGAUGGAGAAGAUAUGGUAUUGGCCCUGAAGGCCAUGGGAUGUAAAAUGGACCUUCUAGAUAAGAAUGGUAUUUCACCAAGCGACAUUAAAGCAAUGACUCCAAAGGAGAAGAGAAAGUUGGUGAUGCAGGAGAGACAAACGGAUUAUGGCAUGGAUACAUACUUAUUCUUCAAGUAUUUUGACAUAAAAGAGGCAAUAAGGGCUGCAGAUCUGAGCAAAGUCGAAGAAAUCAGGGCACACAUCUACCGGGACAUUAUGACCAAUGAUAUCUCGGCUAAAAUGUACCAAACGAAUCCACCACAGAGGGACAUACUCCAGUUUGCAAUAGACGCUAGACGAGAUAAGAUAGCCAAAUAUCUCCUUACAAUGGGAAUGGCCUGGGAUGUUAAGUAUAAGCAAGGCGAUGAGGAGAUGACCCUGCUUGAAGCGGCGAGGAAGUAUAACAUGCAAGCUGUCAUAGGGUACAUCCAGUAUCAGUCUGAGAAAAUAGAACAGCACAAGAAGCUUAUAAAAAAGUUGAAGAGUAAAGGUGUUGUGAAAAAUGUGAAGAAUGUCAAGACGUCAAAUGAUAAACAAAACACGGAGGAGGACAGCACCAAUGUUGAUACUGAAGCACCAGCUGAAGACACGGAGGAAAUAGAAGAGAGCAAGACAUGUACUCUUCAAUGACAGAAAAUAAAUGUACAUCAGAUUAUCGUUACCCAAAAACAUAUGAUAUAUUAUUGCUUCUGUAUAAAAUAAGGCUUAAAGAUUAUUUUUGACGUGUUGCACUAAUUACUGAUUAAUUAAUAAUGAAGCAGUGAUGUGGGUUAGUUUUAAUGUCUGUUUGCUUUAUUAUAUCAGCACCAAUUAAUUGUUCUUAACAUUUUUGACAUGCCUAUCAGCUUAUAAUCAUUGUUAGACAAAUUCGAUAUAAAUAAGACAAUUGAGGUUACUAGAAUUGAAAUCAAUUCAAUAUAAUUUAUGUUUUUGUACUGUUCGGCGUUUUAUGCAAACGGACACUUUAACUGUAUUAUUGUCACAUAAAAGUUAAAAAAAACUACAUGCAUUGAGGGCAUCAAGUGCCCCUCCUGGCAGAAUAUCUCAAGAACACGGACCAACAUCUAAUGUGCGCAAAAAUAUAUAUUCUGUAAGCUUAUUUGAUAGCUUUAUUACACAAAAGAAAAAUCAACAUCCAUUUGAACUUAAAGCAGUGACGGACCCCAGACUGCAAUCCAAGGUCGUUAACGAGCCGUCCUUGUAUGUCAU